AUGAUAAAGUGCGGAGGAAGGUUACCGUGGAUGAUAAAAUUUUCUCGGAUGUCUUUUAGUACGAAGGAUAAUGUUGACUCAAGGUUGAUUCUGAGUAAUGACUUAUAUUUUCAAAAUCCCAGACUUAACAAAGGCAUCAAGGCACCUUUUGACGGACCAUUUCCUUCUCCAUAUUCUCGAUCGCUGGUAGAUUUUGAGUCUAUUUUUUUGGACUGGACAGAGUUGGGAAGCAAUAAAAUACUGGAAGAAGUGAAUAUUGACAAAGAACUAAGACAAAAGUUACAGCCGUCCGUGGACAGUAUCCAGGAAUUUAUUGGAGAAAGAUUCAACUUGCUGUUUAAUGAGAAGAUUUGUGUGCUCUGCGGUCUUUCAAAUAUAAUGUUGGACAUCGACAGCACUUCCACUGCAGAGAUUAACACCAAUUUUCCAAACAGACGAACCAUUCAUUCAACCAAGCUUCGAUCAGUGGGAAAGUAUUUAUUUGAGCUUCAUAUGAAACUAUGUGCUGUGUUUUCUAACCAUAAUUACUUAUCUUUAUCAUCAGAGGACAUAAAAUAUAAUUUAUCAGUAUUCAAAGACGAAACGUUUCUUAUUACUGAAUUCAUGAAAAAAAAUUCAAUCUAUAACUGCAUCAUACCAUACAAAGGAGCCAUGAAGAAUGGUCCAAUAUAUUCUUUAGAAACAUAUGAGAAUGCGAGGAGCAAAAUACGAGACGAAACUUGCGUUGGUAGCUUCUAUACGUUGAUUGGGUUGUUAAACACAAAAUUUGAUCACGAGAUGGUUACUGAAGACCUUAUUGAUAAAAAGAUAAUGAAAGGUCCCUCUGGUAUAAUAAGCAUCGCAUCAGAAUUAAUGAGUAAACAAAGAAUGUGA